GAGGCCUCCAAGCCGAUGAGUAAGAAACUGAGCUGCAUUUUGCUUCUAAGGACUCCUGUCGCAUUCAGUGCACAGAGUGGACAAGGCUCUGGGGAUGAAUCAGGGUUGUGUUGUGGAGGAGGCUGUUGUCUGUAGGACCCCUGCCGUACUUAUUGCAGAAGGUGGAAGGCACAGGGCAACUGAAGAAUCCAUGUCAGACCGUCGCAUGACCCCUCACUUGCCCAUCAGAAGAGAACUCCAUACAGGGCUAUGAAGAGCCAUGUACCUCUUGAGAUCCACUGGAGGUUAGCUGCAGAGGCUUUCCAGAUGCCAGAAGUUGUCUGACCAGUUACUGGCUAUGGAACUGCUGAAGAUCCUGCCUUGGCGUCGUGCUGUCUUGGCAGUUGUCCUGAAUCUGCUGGCUCUCAGCCUCUCUACCACAGCCUUGCUUGGCAGCUACUGGUGUGUUGGGACCCAGAAGGUGCCCAAGCCUUUGUGUGGAAAGGGCAAAGCCACCAAGUGCAUCGGUGUGCACGUGUCCGCAGACGGAGGUGCUAGCAAUUCUUCAUCCCAGGACGUAGUGCACUACAGCUGGGAGACCGGGGACGACCGCUUUGCCUUCCGAUACUUCCACACUGGCAUGUGGCUUUCCUGUGAGGAGAACAUGGAAGGGCCAGAUGAGAAAUGUCGUAGCUUCAUUGAGCUUUCACCCCCUGCAGAGAGAGGAAUCCUGUGGCUGUCGUUGGGGUCGGAGAUGGUCUACAUCAGUUUGCUGCUCAUUAGUUUCAUCCUGCUGCUGAUAGAAAUGCUGUACACUGGGAAUCCGGUCUGCGGGCUGAAGCUCAAUGCCUUCGCUGCUGUUUCCUCUGUGCUGUCUGGCCUGCUGGGGAUGGUGGCUCACAUGAUGUACUCACAAGUCUUCCAAGCGACUGUCAAUCUGGGGCCAGAGGACUGGAGACCGCACUCGUGGGACUAUGGCUGGGCUUUCUACAUGGCCUGGGCCUCCUUCACCUGCUGCAUGGCCUCUGCUGUUACCACCCUCAACACUUACACCAAGACUGUGCUGGAGUUCAAGCGUAACCAUAUCAAAGGCUAUGAUGGAAGCUUCAAGGACCAGUCACAGCACCAUCAGUGCUUCAUGGAGCAGCAGCACCAUAGGGAGCAGAUGAGCAGCUACUACCAGCAGCGAGACAAACCUCUCCAUUCCGUCUCAGAGGGGGUCGACUUUUACUCCGAGCUGCAGCAGAAGGUGCUACAGCGGGAACCUGAACUGGAGCUAGAUGAGGUCUUGGGACAGUCCACGGAAGAAGAUCACUGUUAGGGAGGGGGGAGCAGGCCGCUUGG